UCAUCAACUGUCCAAUCAGAGUGCGGGAUGCUGGGACGCGUGUGUUUCUUGCUCGUGGUGCUAGCACCGUAGACGCGUGAGCGAGGAGACUAGCUUGAUAAAGAGGAAGGCAGUGACAUUUGGUCAUCAUGGAUGCAAGUAAAGGUAAAGGGGAUCAAACGAUGCCAAAUCCAGGUGGACAGAUGGGCAAACCUGUCGGAUUCCCCUUUAUGGAAAACAUGCUUCCCAAAGCAGUGAAGAGGCGAGUGCACGCCUUAAAGAGACUACAGGAACAAUGUGCUCACAUCGAGGCCAAGUUCUACGAAGAGGUUCACGAGCUAGAGAGAAAGUAUGCAACUCUAUAUCAGCCACUAUUUGACAAGAGAAGAGAGAUUGUCACAGGAGCAGUUGAACCCACAGAUGAGGAGUGUGAAUGGCCAACCGAUGAGGAUGAAGAAGAGGAGCUUGCUGAGGAAGUAAAGGAAAAGGCCACCAUCGAGGAUGCAAAGAAGGAGGAAGCCACGCCAGAGGAAAACCCGAAAGGCAUUCCCGACUUCUGGCUCACCAUUUUCAAGAGCGUGGACAUGCUCAGUGACAUGGUGCAGGAACAUGAUGAAUCCAUCCUCAAGCACAUGAGAGAUAUUCAAGUAAAGUUUUCUGAACCAGGGCAGCCAAUGAGCUUUACGUUAGAGUUCCACUUUGAGCCCAAUGGCUAUUUCAACAACGCAGUCCUUACUAAAGUCUACAAGAUGAAAUCAGAGCCUGAAGCAUCAGAUCCUUUCUCAUUUGAGGGCCCAGAGAUCAUUGACUGUGAAGGAUGUCAGAUAGAUUGGCACAAGGGGAAGGAUGUGACGGUGAAAACUAUAAAGAAGAAGCAGAAGCAUAAAGGUCGCGGCACGGUCCGCACUGUCACCAAGCAGGUUCCCAAUGACUCGUUCUUCAACUUUUUUAAUCCUGUUAAAGCUUCACCAGAUGGAGAACUGGAUGAAGACUCCGAGUUCAAUCUAGCCACAGACUUUGAGAUCGGUCAUUUCUUCCGUGAGAGAAUAGUUCCCAGAGCAGUGCUUUACUUCACCGGUGAGGCUCUGGAAGAUGACGAGAGCUUUGAAGAGGAGGAACUGGAAGAGGGAGAUGAAGAGGAACAAGAAGAGGAGGGUGAUGAUGAUGAUGAAGAGGGAGAUGGUGACCCCAAGGCAUAAUCAAUCAUUCUCACUUCAUGCAUUUCUAGAAAGAACAGCCUCAACCUGCCGAAUGCAAACAGCAGUAACCGUGAUGAUCAGGGGAGGUGGAGACCUGCUGCCCAUAAAAAUCUGUCCUCAGCCUGUCCGUUAGACCUCCUACUCCUGCAGGCGCCACCCUUUUACAAACUCUCAUCGGAACGCAAUAGAACCCAAACCUAUGUUUUUACUAUGUGCAUGACUUCUUUUUCUACGGUCUUGCAGCAUCUCACCCUGUUUAUUUGGCUUCAUUUGUCAUCACAGCCAGCAUCAACUCUUAAUAAAUUACCAUGGUAUCACAUAGGUACAGUCUUUUUCUUCUAUUGAGUUUAGGUGUCUGCUUAAAACGCAGAGCAUUAUACAGAGGAAGAUUGGAAAGGAAUCGCUCGCAACUUUAUUUGUUAUGGAAAUAGGUCAACUACUCAGGGGUUUUUAAUGCCAACAAGCAAAUUGAGUUUACUAGGAAACUGCUGAUCAAGUUCGACAUAAUCUAUCACUGGGGUUGUUUUUCUUUAAUUUUUUUUUCAUAUUAUUUCUUAAGGCAUACAAUGUACCAUUUUUAUUUUAAUUUACUGUUUUACAUGUUCAUUGUUUUGUCAUUGGACUAUUUAUUGUGGUGUCAUGCAGCUGGAUGUGACUUCAUGGUGAGGGAAUGCUUCAAGGCAUUAAAAGGCUCAUUAUAAUUGGCUUAAAUCCCCCUUUUAGACACUGAGAAGUAUUGUUUUUUUUUUUUUUUUUCCUUUCAACAAAACAUAAUGCCAAUCUGCAUCUGUUUAUAUCUGUCUGCUCACUUCUGGCUUGCUUAGCUGGGUAUAACAAGCAUUUAAGCUGAGCACGAUGCUAAACGUUUCUCUUUCCCCUUCAACCCUGAAAUGCUCUUAGAACUGAUGCCAUGGAUGGAAAAGUGUGACAAAGAUGCAUUUUUCUUUAUAUUUUCAGACUUCAGAUGGUUGGAUUAUUGUAAGCUUAAACAUGGUAUGUAUUAAAGACUUCAGAGUUGAUAGAUGAAAGCAGUCUGACUUAACUUUUUGUAAUGAUUUUGUAUAAAAUAGCUUCUUUUAUGCAUCUUAUUCCUAACAAAUUUCAAAAUGAGUAAUGUGAUAGUGCAGGAAGCUUAGAUCAAAGUUCUGUUGCCAAGAAGCCAAAUGUAAAGACAAACCAUGUGGACUUUUAAAAUCGUUUGCUAGUUGAAUAAUGUAAUCGAAUACAACAUUUAAAGUUGUUAAACUGCAUAUAUACACGUUUUUUUUUUUUUUUGUAUGUUUAAUGGUUCGGUGGAAAUAUUCAUGGAACAGGGUGCCAAUGUAUGUUCUCCUCUGCACAUGGGUUUUGGCUAUUUAUUUGGACACACUUGCCUGAUGACUGUUCAUCGAUAGUGACAGCAUUCCCCAUCUUCUCCCCCUUCCCUCUUUUUGAAAAGAACGAUUGUACUUCUCAUCAGAUGGUUCAAAGGCCACGGUUCACAUUUUCAAAUCCCAUCAAACCGUGCGCUAGUGAUGGCCUUAACUGGUUCUUAUUCACAGUUUGUUACUUGCGCAAUGUUUCUUUUCAAUUUGUACAGAGUUAGUUAAAAUAUUCUAUUAAAGUUGUGCGACAUGGUGA